AUGGGCAUCCGCCAGGAGGUCACCGACGCGUUCGCCACUCUCGGCCUCACCCCGGAUGUCGACCAGCAGACCGCCGCAAAGACGUACAAGAAGCUAGCCCUCAGUCACCAUCCAGACCGGAAUCACGGCGACCCAACUGCGACCCAGCGCUUUCAGCAGAUCGGCGCAGCAUGGGACAUAUGCCAGAGACAUUACGACAACCCGUUGUGGAGUCAUCGUUCAGAGUUCAAUCCUGACGAGGAUGACAUCGUUCUGGAGGAAGAUGAACUCUUUGAUUUCUACAUGUUUAUGUUCGCAGAAACUCUAUUCGAUCGAUACUCGAGGGCGAGAGGACGGCGAUAUCGCAAUGAGCGCUCUGGACGUGGCGGGCGCGAUCUCUCGACAUUUUCUGAGGCAUUUUCGGGUGGCUUUGCGGAUUCCUUAGAAGAACGCCAGGCUGCCAACACGGAGCGACAGCGAAAGGAAAAGGAGGAGUAUGAAAAGAGGAAGCGCGAGUUGGAGCUCGAGAUCGAACAGGAGGAACGCGAGCGCAAAAAGCAGGCUAAGAAGGCAAAGGCAGAUGAAGAGCGCCAAGCCACGACCUAUGAACGUCUGUUCCAGGCUGCACACUCAGGGGACUCUCGUGCUGUGCAAAAGGCCGUACUGGACCAUGAUCUCGAUGUCAACGCGUCGAGAAAACCCGCGAGGCAAACCGGGAAAUCGGAUGAGGCAGCUCAACAUGAGUCGCUGCUGCAUGUUGCUGCGAGUCACUGCGACGAAGGGCUUGUCAUGUUCCUAAUUGAAAAAGGCGCAAGCUCCACGACCUUGAACAAGCAGCUGCUUACUCCGUUCCACGCAGCGAUCAAAGCAGGCAAUACUCGUGUUGUCCGCUUCAUACUGGAGCAACGCGGAAGGCCCUUCGAAACCUAUCAUCCCUCGAAAGCAACCGCGUCGGGGCGCACUCCACUACAAUUAGCGAUCGAGAGUCGGGACCCAGCCAUGGUCGAACUUCUGAUCAAACACGCGACGACACACGACGUUGAAAAAUGUUGGAAGCAGCAGUCUAUGCCAGCGGAAAUUAAGGAUAUUUUGCGGACUAAGAAAGGGUUUGUUCCACCUGGAGAGGCAGCUCAACAGCCCCCUCCACCACCAAUUUCGAAGAAGGUCCUGCGUCAACAAGAACAGCUCCGACAGAAGGAAGCUAGAAUUGCUGAAGAGCAACAACGAGCUGCACUGAACCGUCAAUUGCGAGAUGAAAAGGCCGCGAGGCGUGCCAUACAAGAACAGGAACAAGCUGCCAUCAAGCUUGCACAGGAAGAGGCCCGAAAGGCUGAGCUUGAAGAACGGAGAAGAAUUAAUUAUAAAGAGUUGGAGGAAGCACGUGUACGUGAACUAGAGGAAGCACGCUUGAAGGCUGAGGCUGAGGCUGAAGCACAAGCCGCACGAGCCAAGGCGGAAGCCGCAGCGCGAGAGAAAGCAGAAGCAUUGGCACGAGAGAAAGCACGGGCAGAGGCAAGGGCCAAAGCAGAGGCCGCUGCACGAGCCAAGGCAGAGACCACUGCAAAGAAGGCUGAGCUUGUUGCCAGACCAGAACCAGUAGCGAAGAGGCUCCCACAGUCAUCUUCACAACGAGGCCCAAAUCUAGAAGCAGCAUCAGAGCCAGUGAAAACGACCCUCGAAGUCCGUUCUCAGCAGUCGCUUCCUUCAAAUGUCGGCACUUCAACAAGCACACCGGUUCGUGUCGGAAAGAGAGUGUUGACCCAGGAAGAGCGCAAGCAACUACGUCGUGACAAACUGCAAGAAAAACGCAAGCUGAAGAAAGCGCAACCCACGCAACAAGUACAGGAGUUUGUGCCCGAGGCCCCACCGUCGACUUCCAGUGCGGCAGUUCCAGAGGACAUAUCCACAAAACGCAAGUCAGGGAUAAAGAAACUGCUAUCUGUGAAACUAGUCAAGGAUCUGGAAGGUAUGGAUGACCGCCAAAGAACGAAGCACGAAGCGAUGAUGCGGCGUCGAGCAGAGCAGAGCGCUCGCGACAAAGAACGCCAUCGUCGUCUGAUGGAAGAGAAGAAGGCCAAAGAAAGGGCAGUAGUCACUGAAUACGUGCCGUUGACGCCUGUCUCAACGCAUACGUCCCGCAAUGAGCCCUCCGCGAGCAGCUCUACCUCUCCACUGCCAACGGAAGCCGAGAACAUACAAACCUGUGUGGUUCCUGAUGAUCUUUUUCGUGACGAACGUCGGGUUCAGUCUGGAGAGACAUUUGCGCAAACUGUGCAGCCAAUAGAGCCGUUUGUGUUUCCAGAGGCUCCUCCAAGCAUCGUACCGCCAGCAUCGACUCGUGCGAACUACAAAUAUUCGCGCAGACGACACAAAGUUGCAUCAUAA